AUGAUGAAGUGGGUAGCGAUGGCAGUAGCGAUGGCCGUGAUGCAGGCACUGUGCUCCAGCGCUGACCUGCAGGUUGGGUUCUACGAUACAACGUGCCCGUCUGCGGAGGCCCUGGUUCAGCAGGCGGUCGCUUCCGCCUUCGCGGACAACCCGGGCAUCGCCGCUGGCAUCAUCCGCACACACUUCCACGACUGCUUCGUCAGGGUGAGCACCCACCCUCAUGAGAAAAUCCAUGUACGGUCCUGUGGACAUUAUGCACUCGUUACGCAAAAUCCCCAAGAGGAAAGGCAAAACAGGGGAAGGACGAGUGGGAGAAAUGGAAGUCUGUGUGCUUUAGAAGGAUUUCACAAGCUCUCUUUCCCUCUUUCUAGACUUCUCUCUCUCUCUCUCUCUCUCUCUCUCUCUCUCUCUAGACUUAGCCUUCAGAACGUGACCGGUGACCUAACAAUCGCAGGGAUGCGACGCCUCCGUGCUCCUCGACUCCACACCGGACAGCCAAUCGGAGAAGGAGGCGAUCCCCAAUUUGACCCUCCGCGGCCUCGAGGUGAUCGACGCCGCUAAGGAGGCCAUCGAGGCCGCGUGCCCCGGAGUGGUCUCCUGUGCCGAUAUCCUCACCUUCGCCUCCCGCGACAGCGCCGCCCUCGCCGGCAACAUCUCCUACCAGGUCCCCGCCGGCCGUCGCGACGGCUUCGUCUCCAACGUCUCGGAGGUGGAUCUUCCCCGGCCGUUCGACAACGCCACUGAACUCAUCCGACGCUUCGCUGAUAAGAACCUGACGGCCGACGAGAUGGUCACCCUCUCUGGUGCCCACUCCAUCGGCGUCUCCCACUGCGGGGCCUUCAGCAACCGGAUCUCCCCGAACGUCGACCCGACUCUGAGCCUGUCCUACACCGAGCUGUUGGAAGUGAAGUGCACGCCCACAGCCCCGAAUACUACCACGGUGAGGAUGGAUCUGAUCACCGCCGACGUUCUGGACAACAAAUACUACGUGGGGGUUCAGAAUAAUCUCGGGUUGUUCACCUCCGACCACGCCCUGACGACGGUGGACGCCCUCAAGGCGGCGGUGGACGAAAACGCCGGGAACCCCGCUGUGUGGGCAGAGAAGUUCGCGCGCGCUACGGUGAAGAUGGGGGAAAUCGAGGUGCUAACGGGCGAGCAGGGAGAGAUCAGACAGCAGUGCAGGGUCAUUAAUAGUGCCCCAUCCUUGGCUGCCGAAUGA